ACAUCUUUUCUACACGAUAAGCGAUAAGCAAUCCAUUAUUUCUCUUCAGAAACCUAUAUUUUCCGCCAUUUCCCUCCCAUACUCGUCUCUUAAAACCUCUGUUUCAAAUUAUUUUCUUCUGAUAAAAAAAUCUGGGUUUUAUGAGUUAUUCUUAAAACAGUUAAACCAGCGAUGAACGAUCUGUUGUCGAAGUCUUUCUCCGGCCCCCCAAGCGCCGAAGCUUCCCCUAGUCACCACGAAAUCCAGAUGACUCAACCAACCUCCUCCUCCGCCGACAACCUCGACAAGUUCUUCAAAGACGUCGAGUCCAUCAACAACGAGCUCAAAGAGCUCGAAAAGCUGAACGGCGAGCUGUCGUCGUCUCACGAACAGAGCAAGACGUUGCACAAAGCGAAAGCGGUGAAGGAAUUGCGAGCCAAGAUGGAUUCCGACGUAAACAUGGCGUUGAAGAAGGCUAAAGUUAUUAAAACCAGGCUCGAAGAGCUUGAUAGGUCCAACGAGGAGAACCGGAACACGACGGGGUGUGGACCGGGAUCGUCCUCGGACCGGACGAGAACGUCGGUCGUGAACGGGUUGAGGAAGAAGUUGAAAGAAUCCAUGGAUAGUUUUAAUGGUUUGAGAGAAACGAUAUCUUCCCAGUAUCGAGAAACUGUUCAGAGAAGGUAUUUUACAGUCACAGGAGAAAACCCCGAUGAUCGGACUCUCGAUCAUUUGAUUUCAACAGGGGAGAGUGAGACAUUUAUGCAAAAAGCAAUUCAAGAACAAGGAAGGGGAAGAGUUUUGGAUACAAUCAACGAGAUUCAAGAACGGCACGACGCCGUUAAGGACAUGGAGAAGAAUUUGAAAGAACUGCACCAAGUGUUUUUGGACAUGGCGGUGCUGGUCCAGACCCAAGGUGAAGAAUUGGACGACAUCGAGAGUCAAGUGAACCGAGCUAAUUCAUUCGUCAGAGACGGAGCUGAUCGGCUUCGAACGGCGAGAAAUUACCAGAAAAACACCCGCAAAUGGACUUGCUAUGCCAUCAUACUUUUGCUGAUCAUCAUCUUGUUUGUGGUGCUAUUCGUUAUCAGACCCUGGUAAAGCUUCGGCGGCGGUGCCGAUACAUCAUUUUCUUUUUCCGAUUCUUUCGUGUGAUCUGAUCGAUGGUUUUUGGUUUUAACCUUUCU